CACACCUAAGUUUACAUUAAUGAAGCUGCAAGCAUCUUUACGUUGUCCCUUUCAAUCGCCAAUUCGCCUAUCGUCCGUUUUCACUUGACAGUUGUCCGUUGAAUUUACAGUAAUGUCGCAAGAUUGUCGAAUCUCCAUGGUUCAUGGUUUUCUGUGCAAGCUAGAUCAAUAUACACUACAUUUCGACAACUGCGACAGUCCUAAUCAUUGAAUGUGCCGUCGCUGAUCCGAGUUUCCCUUUUGCGCGUCCGUUCUUUCACCAUUUAAUCAAACAAGCACAUAUGUAUGUAUGUAUGUACGUGUCUGCGGAGUUAACCGAGUCAGGAAGUGAUACAAAUAUUGUAUCAAGGUGGGAUUUGUGCAAAUUAUAUUCGUGAGAGAGAAGCCAGAAAGGUCUAAGGAUCAAAGCCAGCAGAUAGUCUACGGAAAUUCGUGAAUCUUUCCAGCUAAAACAGAGCGCUCCGCUUUUUAAUAUUUUGUUGAUACUUAUAAAAAAAGGUCGAAUCUUACCAAAAUGUCUGACUGGGAAGGCGAGGAAUUUGAACCUGCGAAGGGAGUUGCUGCGAUAUCAGUGCAAGCUUGGAGCGACGAGGAGACACCCCAAAACACCGCAAGACGUGGAGGUGGUGGUGAAGAUGUCAAUUGUGUGCGCAUGAAGAUACCUUCAAGCUGCGACAGGGAUGUGGUGAUCUCCUUCCUCGAUAAUCUCGAUUUGCGGGCAUUCACGACAAUGGCGAGUGUGCGAGAGCUUCGAGACUACUUGCUCACGGCCUUCAACGAGCUUGUGACCAGCGAAAGGGAUGCACUGCUGCUUCGGGAUAGAGGGGAGCGAGAGAAGCUGUCGCGACUGAAUCGUGAAUCGACAGCCAAGUCCAAGCGCGUUCUAGCGGAAAUCAACAAAAUGCUUAACCAGUCCGAAGCUGGGCAAAGUCAGGUGAAGAACAUGUUUAGGCAGCUCCACGAUAUGAGGGUAAAUGAGCAGCCUCAGUUGAAUGAUAAUUUUGAUGAAUUUAUGGUGCCCAGAUCUCGUCCGAGCAGAGAAAGACAAAGGAGCUCCAGAUGGCGUGGAUCUGUAACCACGUCCUCCGAGGAAACUGAAAAAAUUCGGCAGAUCAAAGAUCUCUACAUGGCCAGCAUCGCCUUGUAUAGUGCGAAUGAGGAAACUGUAAUCCGAAAUGAACUCUCGUCAGAAGAUGAGACUGAAGCAGAAGAAGCAGGAGCAGUAGCAGCAGCAACAGCUGCAGAACCAUUUCUGGCCACUUUAAGCGCGGAAAAAUUUCCCCACUGGCUCAGUGAGAACUUUAUGCAGAUGCACACGAUACGAUUGGUUAACAUGGGCGUAACAAAAGAGCUGCACUGUCGACGAGCCUGGCCUGAUGAUGGACAUGCACUACCACCGGCAUGGCGGGACGACCGACAGCCCAGACUUCUGGGUUUUUCAUUUUUGGCCGAGUCUAGUGAGCUGCCAGCAGUUGAACAUGGCAUGGGAUACACAAGCAUACCGGCAGGCAGCCUGGCGAACAAUGUGGCGCGUGAGCAGCAGUCUCAGAAUCGGGACACCACCGAUAUAGCAUACUUCAGUCGCUACGGGUCGUGCGAACAGGACGACGGUGCACGCAUCGCCUUAUCAUCAACCCCAAUAACACCUAACAUCGACUACGGCUUGGCAUUCCACCCGACAUCGUCGAGUCUGCAGCCCGAUGAGGAGAACACUCCUAUGAUGACAGGAUCCGGGAGUGCACGCUCGUUGCCAGCGGAGGUUGCAUUGGUGGACGUGGACAGCGGCAAUCAGCAGUCGAUGGUUAUGUCCCCCGCGGCAGAAGAUGUCGUUUCAACGGUGGCUCGCUCUCGACCUGGAGUCACACCGUUUCGCCCAUUGUUGCCAGUGAUCGACGAGGAGCGUCGCUUCUCCAUGUUACCGCGUUUGCUGAAGAAGUCGUUUGAUCCGCCCCCAGAUUCAGUCGCAACAACAGAAGCAGUAUCAUUAGAAGCAAUAGCAGGUUGCCCACCAGAAGUUUCCGCAGGAGGACCGUUAGAAGCAAUAGCAGAAGACACAACAGGAGCAGCGGUAGCAGUGGGAACUGCUCCUAUUACACCACCACACACUCCGCGACGUGAUUGGAGUAGCAUAUUUCGAGCGCGUGAUCAAAUACCGAGCUAUGUCGAAACGCGAAAUGUCUUGGCACCAAGAAACCGACGUCCACGAUGCCAGAGAUUACCGGAAACGCCGCCAAGGGACAGAUUGGACGAACAGCCGCGAUUGCAUCAUGAGAUCACAACGAAUUUUAUGGCAAAUUUACUGCAAAGAGCGACAGAAAUGGUCAGAGCUCCACUUCACUCCAGCUCCACUGGCUCCCCCACUGCUCCGAAUUCCGAUGGGGUGCGGCCUCAGAUGGAAGUGCUGGAAGAGCCAAUGCAAGCAGAGCCGCCACUACAGCCAGCAAUAUCGCGAUUUGCUUUAAACGCGGAAGCUGCUGAUUUUCCACCGCCGCUUCUAGAACCUUCUAUGCCAGAAAUCCUGCCUAACAUUUCGGAGAACGAAAUAACGAAUAUGGAUGUAACGGACGCCCGGCAGGUGGCUGUGCCAUUGCAGAUUACCAACGAGAAUAGACAGCAGGCGAAUUAUUUGGCCGACUUGAGUGUAAACGCAAUCGUCACUGAUGUGCAAAUUCUGCCACCAUGGAACAUGGACACCGGGAGCCUGGCACUUCCAGCCAUAGAUCAGACACGAGAGUCAGCUGGACUUCCAGCCAUAGAGCAAGCAGGAAAAUCAGCAGAAAAUCUAGCCAUGUAUCAGGCAGGAAGAUCAACAGAAUUUCCAGCUAUGGGUCAUGCAGAAGGAUCAGCAGUUCAGAGUGCGGAAAACGCAGUCGUGUCAGUGUCGUCUUUGCAGCGGACAGAAACCACCGCAGUUCGUCGGAACAGACAACACAUGGAAGACAUGGCAUACAUAGCGCAGCACACGGACAUGCUUCGUGUGAUGGUCGAUCAUCAGAAGUAUCUCACCGAUCAGCAGCAUCCCGGAGAAGCGAUCAGACCCAGUUUUGGCUUAUCGCAACAGUAUCGCGCACUUGCCGCUGUGGAGACCUACGAUCCACAUAUAAUUUUGAACAUGCCAAUAUCAAAGGUGGAGCUAGUCCAUGGUCUGUUAGAGGCACUCAUCAUGUUGCCACGGGUGGACUUGCAGAAUGCUCCGUUCAUCAAGAACCGCAUUAAUGCGGCGAGAGCCUUUCGCUUUCUUCUGGACUUGCAGGCGACGGGCAUUGUGAAACUAAGCGAUAAGGGGAGAUUCUGUUGUUUGCUUUGAAAGGGCGAGAGAGGGAGAAAGAAAGCUAAAAAAGCUAGUCUAUCGAUUUUAUUCUGUAUGUGUAUCUCCAAAGUUGAAUAACAAUCUGCCAAUAUUGAACAGAAAAUUCUUUUAUUAAUAGUUGUACAAAUGUGUUUUAAGGUUUAUACCGUAGUGUUGUACCACCAAGAAGGAUGUUUAUUGAAUAUAGAUUGUAUAUACCCGGUACUCGAAGUGUAAAUAUGUUUGUCUGUCCGUCUUGUUUGUCGGCUACUUCUCAGAGACUAUAAAAGCUAGAGCCACCGAUUUCGCCUCCAAACCGCUGCUAUGUAUAUCACACUGAUACAAGUGUAAAUAUUUCAAAAAUUAGCCACGCCACCUUCCGCCUCCACAAAGGGUGAAAAUCUGCUGUAUCCACAACUUUGAAGAUAAUAGAAAACAAAAAACAGAAUUCCGUUGGGAAUGACUACAUCUAUCUAACUGAUCAUUGAAUUGGGAUUAUAUUAAUUAAAUUUA